AUGAGGCAGGCGGUGGAGGCUCAGGUGUUAAGCCCUCACUGUGAGCUGGGGGAGCAGGGCCUUCGUCAGAUCCUGACAGAUGUGGUAGAGGAGGUGAAGCGGACACUCAAUCAGGACAUCGAUGGAGCGCAGAUUCUACAUAGUCUGCUCAACGCCUCCUGGCUGCAGUCACUGCUCAAGGUCUACGAGUGUCUUCAAAGGUAUCUGCGAGACUCCCCGACACCAGUUCUGGACUACGCUUCUGGACUAUCAUUUCAGCUACUCAUUGACAUCAAGACAUUGCCAGGCUGCUCCGAGGAAGCCAAAGAGCUUGACCAAAUUCUGAGGCAGCCUCACCUUAAGGCUCUGCUUUCUGCACAUGACACAGUUGCCCAGAAAAGCUACGAGCCUGUGUUGCCACCGAUGUCAAGUGACGUUCCAGAUGAAGAAGAGGCCACCAGGAUCGUGUGCCUAGUCAAGAACAAACAGCCACUGGGGGCAACAAUAAAGAGAAAUGAAAUCACAGGGGAGAUUUUUGUGGCUCGGGUGAUUCACGGAGGCCUGGCUGAUCGCAGUGGUUUGCUCCAUGCGGGUGACCGGAUCAUAGAAGUGAAUGGGUUUCCGGUGGACGGCUUGGAGCCAGAGCAAGUUAUUCAAGUUGUGCAGGCAAGAGCACAUGGAACCAUCACAUUCAAAGUGGUUCCUAUUACUGACAGGCCAAUUCAGAACCACACAAUGCUUUAUAUGCGAGCCAUGGUGGACUACAGCCCUCAGCAAGAUCCCACUAUCCCCUGCACAGACGCUGGGGUGAGCUUCAAGAAAGGCGACAUUUUAGAGAUUGUAGAUCAGACAGACGCUCUGUGGUGGCAGGCCAAGAAGCUGCCCUGUAACAUGACCUGUGCAGGGCUUAUACCCUCCAGCAACCUGCUUAAACGGAAGCAGAGGGACUUGAUGCCUUAUCAGCUUCACACCUGCAUACACAUACUGAGUACGGUGGAGGAAGAGGAGGACUUAAUGGCUAUUGAUGAGAAAUGCGUUGAAGCAGAUGAGGAGGCGUUUGAAUCUGACGAACUCAGAGACGAAGGGGAUGAUUUCAGCACCAGCGUUGAGGGAGUAUACCUCGCUGGCUUCAGGCGCAGCUUGCGUCUGUGUCGCAGACGCUUUAAUAGCAUCCUGACUUCUUGUCCUACACCAUGUUCCAAUAACUGCACCAGUGCCAUCAAUUGCUCCUAUGAAGAGGUGGUGCGCUACCAGCGCAGUUCCAAUGAUGUGCACCGCCUCAUUGCCCUAUUAGGUCCAUCGGGUGUGGGUGUGAAUGAACUUCGCAGACGCUUGAUUGAAAUCAAUCCGAACACAUUCCAAGGAGCCGUACCUUACACGACAAGAGCGCCCAAAGCAUAUGAGGAAUCUGGAAGAGAAUAUCACUUUACCAGCCGAGAGGUCUUUAAUAAUAUGGUGCACAAAAGCAGGUUCUUGGAGUAUGGUGAAUAUAAAGGGAAUUUAUACGGUACCAGCAAAGAGGCUGUCAGGGAAGUUUUAAACAGUGGGAAGAUCUGCGUCAUUGACAUUGAACCAAAUGCUAUUCAUGCUGUAAGAACACAUGACCUGCGGGCUUAUAUCAUCUACGUGAAGCCACCCCCAGUGGAAGAACUCAAAGAGACAAGACAGGACUCAUAUGUAACCACUGACUACUAUGUCAACCGCCCCUUUAAGGAUGAAGACUUCCAGGAGAUGGAAGACGCCGCCCGAAAGCUGGAGUCCCACUACUCGCAGUUCUUUGAUUAUGUGAUUGUCAACAAAGACUUGCAGGAGUCCUGCGUUCAGUUGCUGAACACAAUUAGGAAAGCGCAGGAUGAACCGCAGUGGGUCCCCGCUAACUGGAUACGACCUCAGACAGACUCAUAG